UGCCUUGCCUACUCGGUAGCAAGCAGCUGGACUCAUGCUACCACUUUUGCAUCCUGUUCCACUUCGCCUGUCAAACACAGUCUUACGGUUGCGAGGUUGCACGGGUGCCACGUCCCGAGCCAACUCGGCAACAGGUCUCCGGCAGUAUGUUAAUAUGCAAUCCCAGGGAGCUGCGAACAGCAGCCCGUUCGAUCCCCAGCAACCUAGCGGGUCAAAGCUACAGGACUUCUUUACAGCUGCCCGCCGCGCCGUGUUGCGCGGCAUGGUGAAUGAUGCGCACCCCGAGACAGUAACUCAAUUGGCCCAGAUGAUGGGCGAGAUCUCGCUGGAGGAGCUGGGCAUGGACCCCGACAUGGUGUCCGACCCCUACCUGGGGGCGCUCAAGCUGCGGCUGCGGGACAGCCGCAUCAAGUACAUGCGCAUCUACGAGGACUCCAGCCUCACUUUCGGCCUCUUCUGCUUCCCCGCGGGCGCCACCAUCCCGCUACACAACCACCCGGGCAUGACGGUCUUCUCCAGGCUGCUGUUCGGGCGGCUGCGGGUGAGCGCGUACGACUGGGAGGUGCAGCCCGCGGAGCCCAUCACGCACGGCUCGGCGCGCGCGCGCCUGGUGUGCGACGCGGUGGUGGAGCCCAGCUCGCCGCCGGUGGUGCUGUUCCCGGCGUCAGGCGGCAACCUGCACGAGUUUACCGCCGAGACUCCCUGCGCGGUGCUGGACCUGCUCACGCCGCCCUACGAGCCGCCCCAGCGCAACUGCACCUACUACCGCCUGCACGCGCCGCCGCUGGGGUGGCCGGUGGGCGCGGGGGGGCCGCGGGGCAGCCGGAAGGCGGCGGUGGCGGCCCCCAAGAUGGCGGUGGGGGACAUUGUGGAGCUGGAGGUGUUUGACCCGCCGGACAGCUUCGAGGUGGUUUCGGGGCUGUACCCGGGGGACCCGGUGUCGGUGUGAUGGGCCCUAUGCAGAGCCGCCGUGUGGAGCGAUCCGUCUGUUGCAGGGCGGCAGCAUACGGUGGAAGACGAAGAGACGGAAGAACGGUGGCUGCGGUGUUGAGCGGGUGGUGGGAUCCUUGUGGUUUGGGCAGGUGGGCCUGGGAAAUUGUGAUUUGGGGCGGGAACCUGUUCUCGAGUGCCAUGAGAACGGAUGUGUAAUGGUGCCACGAUGUUGGCACGUCUGCGUGUAUUUCCGCUGUGGCAGAAUGGAUGUACGAAGAUUGAGUUGUACCUAUAUGGCAUACUGCUUGGUCCCGUUCUCUCGGAGCAUAAGGGCUGCGCGCUCGUGGUUCGGCGCGCACAUUCAUGCCAGAGGCCCCUUGCUACAUGUUGCGAUAUGCAUAUUGUGCCCAAGACGUGCCUCGCUUUGAAGCGCUGGGUUUACUCCGUACUUCAUUAAGCGUGUCAGCCACACAUGUUAUUGUCGUACGUGCCUGCGAUGUAUCGUUUCUGCAGGCCAGUGUGCCAUGUAGAAUGUGUCGCUCUCUUAUGACGUGUAGUAUACGUGAAUUCGGUUGCAAGGAAGUACCAAAGAACUUGCAAGCAUGGAACUCGUCAACUGCAAUGUCAUGUGAACAUAUGUUUUGAUGUAUUAAUCCUGUAGCUGUACUGUGGUCAUCCAAUUUGCUUGCGGUCUUGGUUCUUGUAAAGGUCCGAUAAGGAAUUUACGCUUAACUGACCGGCCACAUGGCGCAAACAGAGCAAGCAGCAUCGGAUGAAAGGUGCAAUGAUUUUGCAGCUUCCAACCAGGUCUCGCCGGCUGAAGCCGAGGAGGUUGUCUUGGACGGAAGGAGAAUCCUUGAACAGACUACGGCAGAACCGCAAACGGAGCCGAGCGGAGCGGCUCCACAGGCUGAAAGUAGUGGCCCAAGCGAUGCAUCUCCGGUUCCUUUGGUUCCUCCUGAAGACUGCGUCGCGGUUACUCAGGACCGUGGAGUUUUAAAGAAGAUUCUCGAGCAUGGCGAGCCCGGCGACAAGCCGUCCUUGCAUGCAAGAUGCCUUAUACACUAUGUGGGCUACCUGGCUAGCAGCGGCGAGGUGUUCAUGGACACACGGAAAGACCGUGAGACUGAGGACCCGGCGGUGGUGGUGGCGGGCAGGACCGCCGCCGCCCAGGAGACGGGUCUGUGCCUGGCCGCCGCCUCCAUGACCCGAGGCGAGCGCGCGCUGGUGUACGUGCAGGACCCGGUGUACGGGUACGGCAGCGUGGGCAGCUUCAGCUUCCCCUGCGUGCCGCCGCACUCGCAGCUGGUGUACGACAUGACGCUGCUGGACUGGGAGGGGAUAGAGGAGACCGACAACGACGGCGACCGCGCCAGCCUGCUGUUCGAGGAGCGGCUGGAGCGGGCGGAGCGGCGGCGGGAGGCGGGCAACGGGCUGUACCGGGAGGGAAGGUUCAAGGAGGCGCUGGCAAAGUAUGCGCUGGCUCUUUCCUACAUGGACGAGGACUUCAUGUACCAGUUGGAGGGGCGCUACCUGGACGCGGCGGAGGCGGUGAAGCUGCGCAUCCACCUAAACAUGGCGGCCAGCCAGCUCAAGACGGGAGACUACAACACCGCGAUUUACAACUGCGGACAGGUGUUGUCCCUCGACCCGCGCAACGUGAAGGCGCUGUUCCGGCGGGGCACUGCGCGGCACCGGCUGGGGCGGAGCGAGGAGGCGCUGCAGGACCUGGAGGCGGCGUGCAGGAUCGACCCCGCCGACCCCGCCCUCAAGGCCGAGCUCCGAGCCAUCCGUGCCACCCUGCAGCAGGAGCGCCUCGCGCAGCGGGAGCUCUACAAGAGCUUCAUCAAGCCCACACCCGCAGCACCCGCAACUACAACCACACCAGCAGCUGCUGCGCCUGCGGCAGCGCAGCAGCCAACUGCAGCGGAAGCCGGUAGCAGCGCGGCUGCAUUGGACGGGAAUGCGGCGGCGGCGGCGGCGGCGGGUGGUACCUCCACUGGCGCCGCCACGCCGGCGGAUGCUGCGGAUGCUACCCAGUCGGGGGCGCCGUCGACAGUAGCGAAGCGUCCCGCCGCCGCCGCCGCAGCAGCAGCGGCGGCGGCUGCAGGGCAGAGGGGAGCCAAGGGUAACCAGCAGGCGGCACGGAAGCGGGAAGGAAGCAGUGGUGCUGGUGCUGGUGGUGCUGGUGGUGGCAGGGGCAGCAAGGUGGUUUCAGCUAUUACAGGGUCUGUUGCAGUGGCGGGUCGGCGGGUGGUAGCGCUGCUGGCGGUGUGGUGGUCGGUGCUGCUGGCGGCGGUGAUGAUGCGGCGGGGCAGGCGGGGGGUGCCGGUGCAGCGGCGGGCGCGCGGAGGGAGGUCGUGAGGGCGGCGCGGGUUUCCCCUACGCGUUUUCCCCUGGGGUGCUGCAUCCUAGGAGGGAAGGCCGGGGAUGGUUUUGUUGAUGGAUUUCGCGGAUUUGUCCGGUCGAGGUGCUUGCGGAAUACCAGUGUUCCUAGAUAUAGGAUUGGGGAUAGUUUCCUUAAGCUGUACCGAAUACCGAAUAAUCGCAGGAUGAGAGGUACCGUGCUGUAUGCAUGGCCGAUAGGCCCGACGUGCGUGUGGUUGGGGACGGUCCACGGAACCAGGGCUUUGCAGGCGGGCUAAGGUGAUACCCGUGUAGUGGAGGAGACCGGAGCGUAGUGGGGUAUAGUAGCAUAGGUAGCAUUGCGUAGCUUGCAGCUACUGGUACAGAGCGUACAGCAUCUAUCUUUGCCGAGGAGGUGCUGUACAUCCCGGUCACUAUAGAUGGAAUGAAACAGGGAAUGAGGAGGUCAGCGGAGGUUACAGUGUGAGGGUAAGGGGGGGAUGUCACGGGUGUCGUUGUAUCUAUCCGGGGCAGGCAGGAUACAAUGCAUAUGAUCGCGAUCCCUUAGUAGUAUAUAAGUGGCAAAGAAUGGUGUUAAAUUCCAGGGCGGAGGUCGCCGUUGGGAACAAUAUCUCGCAGGUUGAUGAGAGAUCAUCAGUGACUCGCACGGCAAUAAUCGGGGUGUAACCGGAUAGCAGGAUGCUUGUAUUAGAUGAUAUUGGUUCUUCUUCAACCUGUUAGGAAAAUUCUGGGCACUCCUAAAAGACUACCGGUAAUGCCCUCGCCAGCCCUCGCUUGGCGGGUAGGGCUCCGCACGUGAUUGGCGGAAGCCGAUUGAAAUAUCGCUUCGUGAGCUAGAAUAUGUUUUGUAUCAGGGCAGCUUUACUUUUGUGUGCCCCGCUCCUUGCGGCUCUGGCGAGCGCACAGGGGUCGGGGCAUGCCUACCGAACAUCUAUCAUAUCUGCUGGUGGCCAGCGCGUCCUGUGGACGGUAUCAAGUAUAGAGUCAGCACGUACCGAAGAAGAUACAUGCACCGCCGUAUCCGUGUUUAAUAGGACAGGAGGAGUCCUACUCUGGCGCAAUGUCGAGCUAGGCGAUGCGAGCCCAGGUCUACGCCACGUCUAUUCAACACCAGGGAAAGGCCAUAGCCUUAGCGCAGUUAACAUAAAUACCGGCAAGCAGAAAUGGGUCUUCCCACGGCGUCCGGGCAUCUUCAGUCGUCGGGACCCUCUUGGCCUUCCAGCUAAGGCCACGUUUUCCGGCACUGUGGAGGGAGCUUUCUCCUCCUCACACAGCUUCUCCAGCACACCAAGCGCCUCCCGCCGUGUGCUCCGCGCGCUAGCUUCCAGCCCCGACGCCCCACACGACCGCCAAACAUGGCUGGUGCUGGUCGCCUCCCACAACCCCGGCAACCACCUCUUUGCAGUCUCCGAAGAAACCGGUCAGCUUCAGUGGCAGAUCACGCUGCCGCCCGGCGACAACAUCACGUCCCUCCACCUCCCGCCCGACCUCCCCGGCCUGCUGCUGCUCUCCGUUGCCACCGCUAGCGAUGACUCCACCGGCCCUGCGGGCGCCAUGGUCGCGGUCUACCUCUCCAGCGGAGCCACACGUUGGGCCACCGGCCCCAUGACCGCCGGCGCACCCUCCCUGGCCCUAGCCACCGCCGCCUUCCUGGUGGUCCGCGGGGAGCCGGAUGCGGACCUGGUGCAGACGCUGUACGGCCUGCAUGCGCUGACGGGCGCCGUGGUGUGGACCAAGGACUGCAGCGGCGGCUGUGCCGUACUUGAGGUGGACGAGCGUACGGCAGUUAUUGCGUCGUACGGAUUCAUGGUUAGCGAGCUGGAGGCGGUGGAGCUGCAGAGCGGCAGGGUGCUGUGGAGGGGUGUGGACAGUGCCGCGGAGCCGCAGCUGGCGUGUUCGGCGGUGGUGGUGGUGCACCGGCAGCUGUUCUUCGGCUGCCCCUGCGGCGAUGAUGAGGAUGAUGACGCGGAUGAUGGGGAUGGGGAUGGGGAUAAGGAUGGCGGCAGCGCGGACGAACACAGAGGCGACGUAAGCAACGCGGAGGGCGACCACCACCACCACCGCCGGGGGCUCCAGGCGGACUCCAAACACGCCGCCGCCACCGUCGUCGUCAGCGCUGCCAGCAGCAACUCCUCCUCCUCUCCCCCCUCCUCCUCCUCCCCCUCCAGCGGCGGGCUGUGUGCCUACUGUGUGUCCGCUGAGAGCGGCUCUGCGGUGUGGCG